UCUUUGAAAAUAUAUCGAUACUGAUUAAUAAAUACGAAAGUGCAUGCAUCACUUUCACCUGUUUUCUGUAACCUACUCCAAUGUUUUGUGCCGAGACACCCCCCUCUAUACCUGCAAAAUGGACUGGUCCGUGUCACGUGACAUGGGGAAGUUGAGACGUUACAGCCGAGCUAGCAGGUUUUAAAACAGGAACAGCGGGACAAGCGAUGACCAGCACAGCAGAGUGGAAUGACAGACAGAAAAAGGAGCGUGGUGUGGUGUUAUUAUUCACCACUCGAUAAAGUCACGGCAAAAUGUACAAUAUGUGAUAAGAAGGUUGCACACAGCAGCAACACCAGCAACCUAUUUAAACAUUUAAAAAGUACACACCCCGAAAGUCACAAUGAGCUUGAAAAACGACAAGAGGAGGCAGAGAAAGACAGGUCUGCUGCUGCUGCACCACCCGCUGUCCGGCAAAAGACCCUACAUGAGAGUUUCCAGAAAGGAAAAGUAUAUCCAGCUGAGUCCCAAAGUGCCCAAGAGAUCACAAGGAGCCUCUCCCAGAUGAUUGUGAAAGACUUGCAACCAGUUUCAAUGGUUGAGGAUCAAGGUUUCCGUCAUUUUAUGAAAGUAGUGGAUCCCCGUUACCAGAUCCCAAGUCGGAAAUCCCUGAUGACAGGUGAAAUUCCCAAACUAUAUGAACAAGUUAAAAAAACAUUGAAAGACUCCAUACAAUCAGCAGGCAGCCUGGUUUUAACAAGUGAUAUGUGGACUGCAAGAACCACUGAAGCUUAUUUGACUGUGACAGGACACUUUAUUGAUAAGGACUGGCAGAUGCAGUCCUGCAAUCUUGCAACAUACCAUGUAGCUGUACAGCAUACAGCAGACAAUAUUUGUGAACUCCUCACGAAAAUAACUGAUGAGUGGAGCAUCAGCAGCAAGAUCCACGCUGUCGUUACAGACAAUGGAGCUAAUAUGGUUUCAGCUGUGCAGAAAACUUGCUGGAAACACAUUCCGUGCUUUUCACACACACUCAACCUCAUUGUGAAGGACUCUAUUAAGGCUGAUACAAGUCUCGAGUCCAUCUUGGAGAAAUGUGGUGCUAUUGUUCGGUUCUUCCAUCACAGCACCAAAGCAACUGACAAACUAAAAGAAGUACAAAGUCAGUUGCGAUUCCCACAGCACAGACUAAUCCAAGCAGUGGAUACGCGAUGGAAUUCAAUAUUGUACAUGCUAGAACGACUGCAUGAACAACAACAAGCUGUCACAACAGCACUUUGUCUUCUUGGGAGAACCACCCUGUGCCUGAAUGAGGGAGAAUGGUCCCACAUUAGCCAAGCCAUUGAAGCCCUUAGGCCUUUUGAAGAGGCCACUAAGGAGGUUUCAGCAGAGUACUACGUAACCAUUUCCAAAGUCAUUCCUCUGGUUUCUCUUCUCCAACGAGCAACCUCAUCUGCUGGGCAGAGGGGUAACUCUCUGGCUUCACAGCUUUCAGCACAAUGCAGGUGGCGCUUUCAAAACAUUGAGCACAACCACACUCUUGCAGCCAGCACUUUUUUGGACAUUCGAUUCAAAAACAUUGUCUUCUGUGAUACUGGAAAUGUGGAAAUGAUCAAAUCAAGGAUAAUCAGUGAGAUGCAAGCCCUGGGCAGCUGUGAGUGUCAGGCAACCAGCAGUGAAGCCUCUGCUACAGCAUCAACCAACUCCAUGACAGCAACCAUGUCAUUGACACAAGGGUCACCUGCUGCAAACACUGAAAGUAGUGAUGCAAAGUGUUCAACAUCCAAGGGAGGAUUAUGGCAGGAGUUUGACACUCGUGUUAUGGCUUCUCAGAGCAGUCGCACAGCAAACACAGAUGCAUACACUGAAAUGCGCAGGUACAUGGAAGAAAAAGUGAUAUAAAGGAGCGAGGACCCUUUGCUUUGGUGGAAGAAAAAUGAGAAUGCAUUUCCACUGCUGGGCAAAGUAGCAAAAAGAUACCUUGGAACUGUUGCAACCUCUGUUCCAGCAGAGAGGCUGUUUUCCAAGGCAGGAGAGACAAUUAGCCAGAAGCGUAAUUGGCUUAAAGCUGAAAAUGUUAACAUGUUACUGUUCCUCAACACCAACCUAAAACUUGAGUAAAAUGUAGAGCUAUACCUCCUGAGAGGCAUGAUAGUAUAGGAGAGUGUAUAUUUUUUCCGCUAACUGUGCCAUUACUUAUUA